CCACAACGCCAAGAGGCCGCUCCUUUUAGCUGUUCACCAAUCCUGUCCAAGAGUGCUGUCUUCAGCAUCCCGGCAUAUAUUCCUCUCACCUUCCCUGAUUGGUGUCAGAGCUGGGUGAUCCAGGGCUGAUGAUCCUGGACCAUGCUGACUUUCUCCUGCUGUCAAAUUGUGCUGGUAUUCUUAUUGCUGAGAGGUGCUGAAAAUACUCCUGCUCCAAAAGUCUGUGGCCAACCUAAAGUGCGCUCCCUCCGGAUUGUUGGAGGGCAGAAGGCCGAAGAAGGGGAAUGGCCCUGGCAAGUCAGUAUCCGACAACAUAGGCGACAUGUUUGUGGUGGAAGCCUCAUCUCACCCCACUGGGUGCUGACAGCAGCUCAUUGCUUUGAUGGGCCAUUGAAUCGAUUUAUGUACCGGAUACACCUGGGAGAAUAUGAGCUGCCCAAACCUGCAGACACCAUGGUCUCCUCAGAAAUUGCUCAGAUCAUAGUGCACCCCUAUUAUGCAGGAGAUGGACUCAGUGGGGAUAUUGCACUGGUUCGAUUAAAGAAGCCGGUCAGUUUCACCCGCAUGAUUCUGCCCAUUUGCUUACCCACUACAAAAGAUCCGGAACCCUUCCCUGUUGGGAUGUCAUGUUGGGUCACCGGUUGGGGAAGCCUCUAUCCAGAUGCCCCCUUCCUUACACGGACCCUGCAGGAGUUGGAGGUGCCAAUCCUUGAUGUGGAUCAUUGUGACAAAAUGUACCAUAAUGACUCCAAUGCUGAAAGUGAGAGUGAUACUGUUCCAAAGGGCUACAAACUGAUCUAUGAUGAUAUGAUCUGUGCUGGUUUUCCAGAAGGGAAAAAGGAUUCAUGCCAGGGUGAUUCUGGAGGUCCCCUGGCUUGCAAGCAGAAUGAUACUUGGUACCUGGCUGGCCUGGUGAGCUUUGGGUUGAGCUGUUCAGAGCCCAACCGACCUGGAGUCUACACCCGAGUCACUUCCUACAUGGACUGGAUUCAAAACACAAUGGACACAAACUCAGCUACUAGUGGUGCCCAUCUCUCAGUCAUUCUCUUAUCUCUGUCCAUUAUCCUGGGUAUUUUUCACUCUUGAACCCUUUAGUACUAUUGUUCUAAACCUGUUGGAAGUGCAACCAAAAUAGAGGCUCAGCACUGAAGUCAAUGUAGCAUUGUACCACUCCAGAAAAAUUGAGUAAUGCCUGCAGCCAUGGCAUGGCUUUAUACAUCCUUACUCAGUGCAGUGGGAUUUAUUCCUGUAUCAAAGAGCACAUUUCACACUUGCCAUUGGUUUGUUACAAUAAUCUCAUCUGUUCGGGGAAUUACAUCUUAAACAGAUAGCAGGCUAUAAAUUUUAAAAAGUCUUCCCACUUCCAUCCAGGUUGUCCACCUAUCCCAGCACUGGCACCAAUUGUAAGGACUUACCUUAUCCUGCCACUAUGGUAGCAAAUGGGAGGAUUUCCACCAGCCCCACCUCUACGGCAUCAAAUAUGGGAGCCUUAUAAUCUCAACCACUGGACAUUGCCACCUUCAACCCACUGCUACCUCCACAGACACUUUGUGGAUGGACUCAUUUGUCCCAGUGACACUAUGGUGGUGUUCUCAGAGGCACAGUGGUAUAACAUAAAAAUCAAUUCAUGAAAUAGAAGUCUAGAAUACAGUUAAAAGUUACUUAUUUUUCACAUCCAAAUCUUUUGACUCUAAAUAAUUCUAGCGUACACCUCUCACUCAUAUUCCUAAUUUUGAAAGACUCAAGUCUCUAACUUCCAUACACACCUAUUUUAAAAACCAUUUAAGGCAUUCAAUAAAUCAAGAGUCACUCCGGUGUUCCAUACUAGCACUCCUUCCAAUGAUCCUUAUUACAUAUACCAUACAGUAUACCAUAAGUAUGAUCCUAGUAGCAGUAGGGAUGACAUCUCCUUGCAUAUGACAAAAUAUAUCCUCGCUAGGGAAUUUCUAGCUCCUCCAGAACUUACCAUUAGAGUCUCACUGGAGGGAUUAGAAAAUUCUUAAAGAGGAAUACCUCUCUAGGAAUAGUUUUAGUCCUCCAGCAAGGCUCUGGUAGUUUUUAACAGAAGUUGUUCAUUUCAUUAUGGUUCACUAUUACCCAUGGUUUCCUGUUUUCCAAAAGUAUAUGCCUUCAUGAAUGUGAACAUUCCUUUCUACUUUACUUCACAUACAUAUUUUACUUUAAUUUCUCCAAUAAAUACAGUAUCUUUUCCCCUUAAAA